AUGAAAAAGCUGUACAUCCUGUUCGAGUGCUCAGCGGGCUAUUUUUUGCUAAAAGUGAAGGAGUGGGAACAGAUAGGAAACAACGAAAAUUUGGAAAAGAAACUAUUGGAUGGUGAUAUAUUCAAUCAGCUUGUUAAGUUUAGUGCGUUCAUAUCAUUCGAAACUGCUGAAAGGGCACUGGAUAACCUACUUAAUAUAAAUGAAGGUAAAGCAACCGAUUUUUUGUUAAACUUUUUAGAGCAGAAUUUGCCAAAUAAUAAAAGUAAAUAUGAAUUAGGGGUGGCAGAUCUAAACCUAGGAAAAUUUUUAUCAAAUAUAGGUUUUACUAUAGUACACAAUAAUAAUAUAUUAGAAUUAUUUAGAGCAUGUAGACAAUAUUAUUUAAAGAAAAUAGCUACAUAUGUUAAUAAUAUUGAUAUAGAUAUAAAAAAGUUUAAUAUAGGAUUAGGUCAUAGUUAUUCUAGAUCUAAACUAAAAUUAGACCCGAGAAAACAAGACAAAUCUAUUAUUAACAGUAUAGGUACUAUUGAAUCUUUAGAUAAAAAUAUUAACCUAUUUAGUAUGAGAGUUAUCGAAUGGUAUAGUUGGCAUUUUCCUGAAUUAAAAAAAAUUGUUACUGACGUUUGCAUGUAUUGUAAAUUAGUGAAAUUAAUAAAAAUAAAAGAAAAUUUUGAUUUUUCAAAAAAUAAAGAACAAAUUAAUGAAAUAACACAAGAUGAAAACAUGACUGAACACAUCGAAAAGGGAGCAAGCUUAUCUAUUGGACAAGAAAUAACUGAAGAGGAUUUAAAUAAUAUCGUGAAUUUCGCAAAUGAAGUAAUUAGUUUAUCCAAUACUAGAAAUAUAUUAUGGAAUUAUUUGGACAAAAAGUUAAAUAUUGUUUCACCUAAUCUAAAAGAAUUAUUAGGUAAUACACUAAGUGCUCGAUUAAUUAGUCAUGCAGGGUCGUUAGUAAAUUUAGCCAAGUGCCCUUCUAGUAGUAUUCAAAUAUUCGGAUCAGAAAAAGCUUUAUUUAAUUCUUUAAAGAGUAAUAAAAAAACACCUAAAUUUGGUAUUUUAUAUAACUCCUCUUAUAUAUCUAAAACACCACUAGCAUUAAAGGGAAGAAUGUCUAGGUACUUAUCAUGUAAAAGUGCCAUGGCCGCAAGAAUUGACUCUUUCUCAGAAAAUCCGACCAACACCUACGGUCUCGUAUUCAAAAAGCAACUUGAGCAUAAAAUUCUACACAUGAUUAAGGGAGUGAAACUAUCCAAAAAUAUGGAUUACAUAAAUGAGGCAGAAAAGAUUUAUCAGAAGGAAGGAGAUGAUACGCAGGCCGAUGAUAAGAAGCUGAAGAGGGAGAUAAAGGAGGAAAAGAAGGUAAAGAAGGUAAAGAAGGAAAAGAAAGUAAAGGAGGAAAAGAAAGUAAAGAAGGGAAAGGGAAUGGAAAAGGAAAAGGAAAUGGAAAUGGAAAUGCAAAAGGAAAUGCAAAUGCAAAAGGAAAUGCAAAUGCAAAAGGAAAUGCAAAUGCAAAAGGAAAUGCAAAUGCAAAAGGAUAUUGUAAUGCAAAAGGAAGUGGAAAUGGAAAAAGAAAAGAAAAGGGAAAAGAAAAAGGAAAAGAAGAAAAAGCAAAAGGAAAACAAAUUUAUGGAGCGGGAAGAUUCGACCUUAGCGGAAACAUUGCAAGAAGAAGAAGCAAAAUGGGAUGUUGAACGAAGUGCACAAGUUGAAGUCAAAAUAGGAGGAAAUGAUGAAGAGGUUAGCAAUGAGGUGGGUGAAGAUGAGGAAGAGGUAGAAGAAAAGACUAAGGAGAAGAAUAAGAAAAAGAAUAAAAAAGAUAAGAAUAAAAAGAAAGAAAAGCUGAAGGGGGAGGAACAAAAUGGGAACUUGAAUGGGCACAUGAAUGGACAAAUAAAUGGGAACAUAAAUAAAAAGAAAUCAAAGAAAAACCAGAACAGGGAUUAUUCAGGUGAUUAA